AGAGUGAGGUUGACUGGGGCGUGAGGAGAACGACGGUGGGCGGCUUUCCCCGAGCAGCAGUCCAGAGGGAGGACCCGGGGGAGCCGAGGAGCGGGCUGCAGCGCCGAAAACGCGUCCCGCAUUUUUUUACCUACUUUGGUGCGAUUCCCGCCGUCCUCCCCUGAUUGGCCCAGCCCGGCACCGUCGGGCCCUCGCGUGAGGGAAAAAUCUGCACAUUCUUCCCUCUUCCCGAGGCGACUGUGGCCAUUCAGAGUGCUCUGUGAGUCACCGCUAAUUUCAGGUGAUGCUAAUGCGGCUGGUUGGGCACCACGCUUUGAGAAGAAUGAACCCACCUGUAUCACACUGCAGCUGGAACCCUUUGUUUCUCUGCCUGGGACUCAGCGGCCCCUCCACCUGUAAAGUCUUCAAAGAGGAACUCCUGCUGGAUGGCUGAGUCAGCUAAGCUCUGGGUUUCAGGGCAGAUCAUGAUCUCACGGUUUCCCCCAGCAAUCAUAAUGUUGCCUAACUUGGAUCAUCUGCACUCAUCCAACUGAAGUCCGAGUCACUGCAAGAAGCUUCUGUUUUCUUCCAACCACGUCAAGAAGUUUUCUCCUGGCUCUUCUAACAUGUGACUUUCAACUUAAGACCUCUCCCGUUCAGUUUCACUCAGCUUUGCCAGGCUGCACAGGAAUGGGAGCUGCAUGGUCCGCUAAUCCGGCGCACAAAAGCAGGCCUGCUGCUCUUUUAUUCUUCCGGGGGCUGGGCGCCGUGUUGAGCUCGACAGCUGAUCGGCUCUGGAACGUCCCAGCAGCGUGCCUGGGCCCCCCCGAUGUUUAUUUAGCGUCCCGCCGCCCCAGCGCACGGCCUCCCCGAGCCGGUUCGCGCGCGCUCGCCCGCACCGGAGCCAUGUACCGGCGCAGCUACGUCUUCCAGACCCGCAAGGAGCAGUACGAGCGCGCCGAGGAGGCGCCGCGCGCCGCCGAGCCCGAUAGCCUGGCGGAGGGCCGGACGGCGGCGCCCAGCCUGGCCGCGCUGCAGGGGCUCGGCGAGCGCGUGGCUGCUCACGUCCAGCGGGCCCGCGCGCUCGAGCAGCGCCACGCCGUCCUCCGGCGGCAGCUGGACGCCUUCCAGCGCCUGGGCGAGCUGGCCGGGCCCGAGGACGCCCUCGCCCGCCACGUCGAGGGCAACCUCCAGCGCGCCCGGGACCUGGCGGCCGAGCGCACGCGGCUGGAGCGCCAGGGUGCGGAGGCGCAGCGCGUGCUCGACGAGUUCCGCUGCAAGUAUGAAAACGAGUGUGAAUGUCAGCUGCUCCUAAAAGAAAUGCUGGAACGGCUUAACAAGGAAGCUGAUGAAGCCUUACUGCAUAACCUGCGCCUUCAGAUCGAAGCCCAGUUUCUGCAGGAUGAUAUCAGUGCAGCAAAGGACAGGUACAAAAAGAAUCUUCUGGAAAUUCAGACCUAUGUCACCAUCCUGCAGCAGAUUGUCCAGACCACCCCUCAAGCAUCUGCCAUUACAAGUGGGAUGAGGGAGGAGAAGCUCCUGACAGAACGAGAAGCCACUGUCCUGCAGAGCCAGCUGGAGGAGGGCCGGGAGGUAGUGUCCCUCCUGCAGGCACAGAGAGCCGAGCUGCAGGCCCAGACGGCGGCCCUGGAACAGGCUAUUAAAGAUGCCCACGAGUGUUACGAUGACGAGAUUCAGCUCUAUAACGAGCAGAUCGAAAGCCUGCGGAAGGAGAUUGAGGAGACUGAGAGGAGCCUGGAGAGGUCUUCCUAUGACUGCCGGCAGCUGGUGGUCGCCCAGCAGACCCUGAAGAACGAGCUGGAGCGGUACCACCGGAUCAUUGAGAACGAAGGCAACAGGCUGAGCUCUGCCUUCAUUGAAACUCCUGUCACCCUGUUCACCCCAAGCCAUGGAACCUUUCUCAGCUCUCGGCUUGGUGGGAAAGAUCUCACUAGGGCUGUGCAGGAUAUAACAGCAGCAAAACCAAGACAGAAAGGUCUCCCCAAGAACAUUCCAAGGAAAAAGGAGAUUAUAGCUAAAGACAAAGCUGAUGAGAGUCUGGAAGACAUACCACUGAAAGGUCCAGAAGACACAAAGCUGGUACAGGUGGUACCCAAAGAAGAAGGUGAGUCUAAGCUUGAAUUAGGAGCCGAAGAAGCAAGUCUCCCAACCCCAGAAGGGGCUCCAGAAGACGUGCCAGAUGGAGGGCAGAUAAGCAAAGCCUUUGGGAAACUGUUCAAGAAGGUCAAAGACAAAGUGAAAAGCCCCAAAGAACCCGAACCUCCGGCUGACCUCUACACCAAAGGGAGGUACGUGCUGGUUUCUGGGGAUGCCAGUUAUGUGGACCCUGGGUUCUGUUCCUUCUCCAUCCCAGCCAAAGGCGGAGUGGUUAUUUCCAUUGAGGAUGACUCUGUACAUCACGACAGCACUGUGGAGCCCUCUCCUGAGCCGCCCGGGCCCCCUGUGGAGAAUGGACAGGGGGACCUUCAGGAGAAGGAAGGCGGAAAGGCACCUGACCAGCAUACUGCCGACAAGAAGAAUGAGAUUAGUGCCGAAGAACCGAAAGGGCCUGGGGAGAAACAUGAUGACCAGAAGGAAGAGAAGGAAAAGGAGGAGGAGGAGGAGGAGGAGGAGGAGGAGGAGGAGGAGGAGGAGGAGGAAGAGGAGGAGGAGUCGUCGUCGUCCAAGGGGCCCUGUCCCGUGAUCACACCUGGUCCAGAGGGACCAUCUACACCCCAGUCGCAAAGGCCUGGGGUCGGUCAGGGUGGAUCUGGGGGGCAUACGGCUAGGAGCAGUGAUGCACAGGAGAGAAGUCCGCCCAGGACUUUGGCAUAUGAGAAGGUGGAAGUGAUGGAAUCCAUUGAGAAGUUUUCCACGGAGAGCAUCCAGACGUAUGAAGAAACGGCUGUCAUCGUGGAGACCAUGAUUGGGAAGACAAAGGCAAACAAGAAGAAAUCGGGAGAGAAGAGCUCUUAAAAUGCCCGGGGUCAGUGGGAAACAACGUCUUUGGGGCCACUGUAGGGGAAGUGCCUUGAUAUUUUAGAACAGAUGACAAAAGAGUGAAGGUUCCUUGUUUGGAUUAGACCAUAGUUGGCCCUUCUGACGUUGCCAAUGAAGCCUUAAUUAAAAAGUUUUCUUUGCUUGCA